GGACGGAGGGCCCGCGGCGCCAUGGCUGCCGAGGGGGACAAGCAGCUCUUCGACGCCCUGGUGCUGGGCGCCGGGAUCCAGGGCUCCUGCGCUGCCUACCACCUGGCCCGCCGGCGGCUGAAGACGCUCCUGCUGGAGCAGUUCCCGCUGCCCCACACCCGAGGAAGCUCCCACGGCCAAAGCCGGAUCGCCCGCAGCGCCUACCCGCAGGACGUCUACCUGGAGCUGAUGGCCGAAGCGAAGGGGCUCUGGGCUCAGCUGGAGGCCGAGGCCGGCACUCAGCUGCAGAGGUGAAUCUCCCAGCGGGGAGGGACCUUGAAGGGGCUUGGGCUAGAUGACCUCUAGGGUCCCUCUGCACCAGACGCCAGGCUCGCCGCCUCGUGGUAGGCACACAAAAGAGGCAGUCACAGACAGGGGUUGGACUGGAUGACCUGUAGGGUCUCUCCAGUUCCCUGCGCCAGACUCCACGCUCACCUCGUGUUGGGCACAACCGAAGAGGUAAAGCCACAGACGGGGGUUGGACUGGAUGACCUCUAGGGUCUCUCCAGUUCCCUGCACCAGACUCCACGCUCACCUCGUGUUGGGCACAACCAAAGAGGUAAAGUCACAGACGGGGGUUGGACUGGAUGACCUCUAGGGUCUCUCCAGUUCCCUGCGCCAGACUCCACGCUCACCUCGUGUUGGGC